GCGAAGUUGGAGGAGGUGAGACAGCAGACGCGAGGUGGCAGAGACUGGACUGCAGAGGCGAGAUGAGAGAGGAUGGAGACAACGGCGAGAUGGUAGAGGCGAGCUGGCAAGGGCGACACGGGACUUGCCCGCUGACAGCAGUUGGAGGACAGAUGCAAGAUUGAAGAGGAUGGUGACAACGGCUAGACGGCAGACUCUAAGGCGAGGUGGCAGAGACGAGACGGGAGAGGUGAGCUGGGAGCGGUUGGACAGCAGAGGCGAGAUGGGAGAGGAUGGUGACGUUGACGAGACGGCAGAGGCGAGACGGGAGACGAUGGUGACGCACAUGGAGACGACAAACGCGAGACGACAGAGGCGAGAUGGGAGAGGAUGGACGCCGAGACGGCAGAGGCACAGAUCUCCGAAUGCUAGGAUGUGUCACUUCAUUCGGGAAUGUAGAACUCGCAUGCGAGACAUGGAACAACAGACCAGACAAGGCGGCAACAACAACCAAGCAUCAGCAUCGACUUCAAACUCGAAUCCAAUCUUACCGUCUCCGGGGGCGAUCGUUCCAUAUAAAGCUCCAUCUCAAGAUGUGCGUAACAACCAAGGUUCAGGGAGCAGCAAUGGCGGCUAUAAUGGUGAUUACAAUGCUGGGUACGGCAGUUACUACAAUAAUAAUUACCGGCGACCCUGGUAUUCGGAUCAAAGGGACAAAAAUGAGAGGGUGGAGAAGAUGUGUAACUGGAUGUCGGGAGAGAUGGAGGAAAGAGAGAGAAUAAAGAAAGAGAAAGAGGAGGCCGCUAGAAAGGAGGAAGCGGCCAAGAAAGAAAAGGAGAUCGAGGAAAAGAAGCUUGCUGAAGCUAAGGAGAAGGAGGACUUCAAAGAGAGUAUCGGAAGGAUGGUGCAAAGUCAAAUGAGAUAUGUCUGUGAGGAGGUCUUGGGACGGAAAGUUGGAGAAGGAGAGCGUCUGACAGUAUCAACAGCUGCUGAGAUUCGACGGCGAACUGAAGCCGAAAUACUGAAGAGUCACGAGAGCGAAGAAAUUCAGAAGAAAGAUGAAGAGAUUCUCAAAUUGAAGAAGGCGAUGGCAGACCUCCAAUCAGACAGAACAGGAAUUGGCUUCGCUGAGGCUGGACAAUCAGCACCUGAUCCAGGACGUUCUAUUUCUAAAGGAGAAAGUUGGCUUGCUGACCAAAGGAAUGGCGUCAACGGUCGGAGCUACUGGUGGGAAGAGUCCAACAUCAACCCCUGCGAAGGAAAAGGGGAAGAAGCCUAACGAGCCCACUCCUGGUGACUAUGUUAAGCUGGCUGAAGCCUAUCGGAGAA